AUGUCGACUCCUGAAGAGGAUGAAGCUCGUCCAGAUACCCCUUUGGCCUCCCAGACCACCACCAAGGUCGUACCCGCAGCGCAGGAGGAAGAUGCAGACCAGUCCUAUACCCAGCAUGCGUUCGCACUCUCCGACGUCGUGAACGAGGACGAUACCAAGCUCGAGCCAUGGCCAGAGGAACUGGCUGGUGUCGAUAUCAAUAUCGCUCCGGACGGGACAUACAUCGAGACUUCCUCAGGCCCUGCCGCCCGCGAACUCAAGCGGAGGUACGACCAACGCUUCGGUGUCAGCGUGAACGUUCGCUCGCCCUACGCCAUCACGGCGUUUGUCAACCAGCAUGGAAAGCAGAUGUUCCGAGUUGGGCACCGUGAAUUGUCAGCUCCCGCUGCCUCUGCUGCGGAGGUUGCUGCCGAAAUCGAGGAGCGAGGCAAGACAUCGACCGAUGCUGGACAAUCGCCGCGCUCGAAACGACCAUCCCGGAUGAGUGUGCAUACCAUCUUCCCGCCGACCGUCUUCACUAUGGGCAGCACGAUCGUCACUCAAAGUUCAGUACCGAAGAAACUCCGCAAGGCCAGGUCCAUCUCGAGUAUCGAUGGACGGGGGGUCAACGAGCUUGGAGAAUUGAGCCAUCAUACUGGACGGGCCCAUUCGCAGAGUGUCACCGCUGCCGACAUGCCUCGAUAUGCCAUACCCCUCCCCUCAAGGACCGUCGACGCCUUCGGUGAGCUGAUGGACUGGCCUGGUUCGUCAUCGAGCAUUUCCAGCCUCUCUUCGCACGCUUCCAGCAGCGAAGGGAGCGCUAUCAUCUCGCAGCCUUUCGGCACUGGCGUAUCCUUCGAGUCACCGUUGAAGAAGCCGGUUUUCCAGUUCCUGCCCCCACCAACACGCCACAUCCGGCUUAUGCAGUCGUUCGAGUCUGGCUUGACUGCGAGGCAAGACGAUCUUCAGUCACCUCCUACCCCUCCGACCCUGGCGGAGUCCAGCGAGACGGACGAGGUCAAACCUGCCUCGGCGGUGCGUUUCCCUGACCGACGGUACUCUUACUUGACGGAAACGACGACACGCCCUUCGUCAACGUAUGAGCCCCCUGCGGAAGCGUCCCUGUUGACUCAGUACGCCACGACCGUUUUUGACGUUCUCCAGACCUAUCGAGGUCUUCCUAACCUGGACAAACUCAAUUUCGAGCCCGAGGGGAAGACGGUCAAGAUCUCACUUGCGGAAGAUCAGUCUGCAGCCCCACGAGACGAUCCACGCUUCGUUAUUUGGGGAGAGAGCGUACCGGACUGGGACAAGGACACCGACUCUGUGUCGCGUGACAGUUUCUCUGACGCUUCAUCACGGCCGAUAUCCAGCAUCUCGAAGCGUCGAAGCAGUCGUGUGCCGAAGCCCAAAGCUUCUGAACCACCCAGCCGUCGUGUUUCCACUGCACCAGGGACAACGGAGGGACAGCGUAUCAUGAUUGCUGCGACGAUUGAGCGGUGGAUCGCACAGUUGACGAGCGACCUGAACUAUGAUGAACUCUUGGACUUCUUCCUGACGUACAGGACGUACAUCAGUGCUGUUGACCUGGGCCAUCUCCUCAUUUCUAGGUUCCAUUGGGCGUUGCAGCAACCCAAGAAUCCGCAGGAUGCCAAGGUCCGACAGGUCGUGCGUGUCCGAACGUUCGUUGCCAUCCGCUAUUGGUUGGUGACGUUCUUCACCGUCGACUUCAUCCCAAAUCGAGAACUGCGUGUCUUGAUCUCCAAUUGGCUGAACACCUUGAUUCACGAUCCUUUGCUCAAGCAGCAUUCGGAUGGACUGGGUAUCGUUCGUCGCCUUGCCAAGGUAGCCAAGGAGUGCAAGCAAGCGCACAUCAGAACCACUGGGACGACACCUGUUGAGAAACCAAAGUCGCCGCCCAAAUCCGAAAAGGUUAAGAACCACGUUUUGGGACAGAAAUUUGCUGAAGCUGUAUUGAAAGAUGAAGAUGAUUCGGAUGUUGACUUGGACUUCAUCCCAGAGGAGGUUGCCGAUGCGGUCUCUGACACGCCUCCAAAGGAUCCCGCCAAUGCACAUUUGGCAGCGGCGCAAACGGGUGCUGUCUUGUCGCCUACUCGCCCAACAUCCUCACUACCGGUAUCUUCCUUCAACAUCCUCCAGAGAAUUGACCCGAACCCGAGUACGGCAGGGUCGGAAGGGGACUCUUCGCAUCCGGCACCGGUCCCCCUUCCAACUCAUCAAGGAGCAUUGUCCCGCGCCUUCGUCAAGACCAUCGGUCGCCUGGGGAGAUUGAAGCGUGUUCUCCACUCACGUUCAAAUACCCGAACUGGGGUGAAUCUUGGCGCCUUUGACGUCGAUGGCAAUACGAAUGGAUACCUGUCCGCUAGGCCACCACCAGCUCCACUUCCACUAUCUCCAGAUUCCACACCCUCUCCGCUUCCCAGUGCACCCAGCGUCCUCCAAUCCGUGAACACAUCGUCGAUUGCGCAAGAUGCUGUACCAUCGUCGCCUCCAGCCACUGCGAUCCCCGCACCUCCCGGUCUUCCCGUCAUCGCGCCACUAUCCCCCCUUCAGCACCCAAUGACGCCGACAACGCCCACGCAAGCAUCUCUCCCUCGAGCGGAGUCAGGCUCGGAACCUGAGGCGACACCAGAGAAACCGACAUUACACGACAGUCCGCCAGAUUAUUCCAACGUUAACCCCUCCCUCCCAACCCCUCCUCCCGAACUCGAUGACUACCAGUCGUUCCAGUCUUCCCUUACCCUCCAAAAUUCUCAAUCCAGCAACAAGGCGCCUUCCAUUAGAUCUUUUGCAUCGUCGACCGGAUCCUAUGGAGAGGUGAUAGCCCCGUCAAUCCGUUCCUAUGCGUCGUCGACUGGGUCUUUCGGAGAGAUAUUGGAUGGGAAUGGAAGCAUCAAACCGACAUUUGCCAAGGCGAAUGGGCCAUGGGCGUUCGACAUUGUUUCUAUCGACGACCUCGACUUGUCGGAUACCUCUUCGGAUUGGCAUGUGGGGGGACCCUCUGUACCUCCCGGACUGAGGAAGCAACCCCGCAAGCUGCCGCAGCGGAAGGACUUUGAGUUCCUACCCCGUCGUUCGGAGGUGUCGUCUAUGGGUAUCGUUUCAACACGCGACUCUGUGGCAUCGGCUGCUUCUGGCGGAGCUAUCGGAGGUCCCAUCCAGACGUGGCAGUUAAAUGCUCUUUUGGACUUGUUGAGCAACGACGAGGAGGAUGGUGACGUGGCGGAUGCUCUCAGGCGGUUGGAAGGACAGAUCAACCCCGAGAAGAUUCAAGAGAAUAGGACCAAGGUGGAUGGAUGGGUGAAGCAGAUCCAGAAGCGGAUGGCUACUGGCGACUAUGAGGACGAAGACUACAGGUUCCCUGUGGAUUCUGAUGAGGAGGAUUCGGCGGAUGAAGUGGAGGCCAAUGCCCGCCGGGCCGGCGGCGACGGUUAUGAGGAUGAUUCGGCGAGUCAACAGGAUAUCGCGCUGUAUUCCAAUCCUCCUGGACUUGAAGGUUUGGGCACCCAGAUGAAUGGAUCGUCGACAUUGGGCGUUCCUGCAGUUUCGUCGUCAUCGUCGUCGUCCGAUACGGGUUCUGCGACUCGUUCCCCUGCGGUAGAAGAUGCUGUACCGAUCGAAAUCCUUCAAAGUCGAGUGACGGCGGCACCUGUGGAAAUUCAAGCUUCGGCAUCCAAUCCCUCGAUCAUGAAGCCUAUCGGAAGUUUGCCCAAUAACGAAACGCUGCAGAUCCACCAGUCGUUCAUUUUAAGCUUCCGAGCGCCCGUAAUUGCGGAACAGUUUGCGAUGAUCGAUAGGGAGUUGUUCAUGGGUGUGAAGUUUGAGGAGCUGGUGACGGAGGAGUGGAUGGCGACGAAUGAGGUCGAUGUUUAUGACUGGUCGCAGUAUUUGAAGGACCGGGCGAGGUGGAAGGCUGAGCACCGGAAUGCGGACAAGACGACGGCGUUGGCGGCUGUAAGGGCGAGGUUCAACUUGAUCGCCAACUUUGUCGCCUCCGAGGUUGUCCUUACGCCUCCCUCUCAACGGCAUACGGUGGUCUCUAAGUUUAUCCGAGUUGCUUGGAAAUCCUACGAGUUGAGCAACUUCAAUUCUCUUGUUGCCAUCAUUACCGGCUUGCAAAGUGACUGGGUCAACAAAGUCAUGCGCAAGGUUUCGUGGAGCAAGGUUGGAACCUUUGAGACCCGGGUGUUCCGGAACUUGAAGACUUUCGUGAGUAGCGCCGAUGGGUUCGCGCACAUUCGCCGUGCUGUCGAGUCCAUCGUGGACGCCAAACCCAUGGAAUCCAGUUCCCAUGCAUCGUCUAUUAUCAGCGGAAGCACCGGAACGGAAGGUCAGCAGACGCGAAGCAGGUCCGGUACCGAUUCCAAGCCCCCUGUUCCUACAGCUUGCGUGCCCUUCAUUGGUGUUUACCUCGCGCAGCUUUACCGUUUGAAACGGCUCCCUGACCUCAUCGAUCCCACUUCACCCAAUGAGAUCGUUGCGAUGAAUCCUAUCACUGGAGAUUUCAACCCUCCUGCGCAUCCUGAAGUGUUCGACGCUCUCGCCCCAUUACCGCCUACCAUGCAGCUUGAGCCUCUCGUUAAUGUCCAUAAACAACGGAAGAUCGCGGCUGUUAUCAAGUCUCUUGUGGCAGGACAACACAUGGCCAGUCGUGUCAAUUUCGAAGUUGAUAAGAAGUUGUUCCAAAGAUGCUUGAGGCUCAGGGCUUUGGAGCCUGAAGUACUCCAGAAAGUACUGGCUGGAUACUCUGAAUGA